AGAGGCGGCCACUGGCUUAGGGACCAGGAGCCUGAGCGUUGCACAGCAAAGACCUGAGCUCCUAAUUCUCCAGCUCGCCCACUGCAGCCCUGAGCUGCAGCCAUCUGAACCUUCCUAGGGGACUGCCCUUGAAAGACAGAACUAUCCAGAUGUCAUCCAGUAAUGACCUGUGUUCAAUUUCCAUGUCCCAAAGAAACUCUGAUGACCUCCCUGAGACAACUUCCAGUGAUAAGAAAGGGCCUGUGUUGAGUUUUCACAAUGUCUCUUAUCAUGUAAAAGAGAAGAAAGGCUUUCCAUUUGAUCAGAAAACAACUGAGGAAAAGGGACUAUGGAAUAUCAAAGCAGCAGUGUUCUUCAUCCUGAUGGCUCACCAGUGUUUCAGCAGCGUGUCAGCCGUGAAACUCUUUGUGGUCCAGAAGCAGCUAUUUCUACACGAGCACAUCAGUGGAUACUACUGGGUGUCGUCUUAUUUCUUUGGAAAUAUUUUAUCUGACUUACUAGCCAGGAGGUUCUUGCCAAGUUUUAUAUUUACUUUUAUAGUAUACUUCAUGGUGGCAGUGGAGACUUUCUUCAUCAUGAUCUUUACCCUCAUGAUGGUGGCUUUUUCAUCCAUUUCCAUGUCACUGGCCAUAGGAAUAAGUCAUAGUGAUCUAACUAUAACAAGAUGGGUCAUGGACAUCUAUUUUAUGUUGGUGAGUGUGAAUUGGGCUUCUCUGGGGACAGAAUUAUUUCCCCCUGUUUCUCUGACACUUUCCUGUCAUAAAAAGUCUGUUUUGAGGAUUCUGGAUGUGGGAAUUGAUGGUUUCAGGAAGCCAUAGACUGAA